AUGAUACGAAGUAUUACAAAUACGUCCGCAAGCCCCGCUGUUGACGCUAACUUCGUCGGAGAUUCAUCCCAGCUUCAAUAUUUGAUGAAUGCAGUACGAGGUCCGUUUGGUCUACUGAAACGAGUUAGUGCUUUAGAGAAUGGAACCUUCGAAUCCGAUGGAAUUCGUGCUCGUGGUCGUGUCAACAACAUCAACCGUCGGCUGACGGCUUUGGAACGCAAGGUCGGUAAUCUUAUGACCAAACUUCGAGAGAAUAACUGCAAAACCAGUCCAUGCCAAAAUGGUGGAACAUGCAUAAGUCUCUUCGAUUCGUUCGUGUGUCAGUGUCCCCGAAAUUGGGAGGGUCCCACGUGCGCAAUGGAUGUGAACGAAUGCGCAGAGUUUGCUGGAACGGAUCUGGGGUGCCAAAACGGGGCUACUUGCAAAAAUACUCCAGGAAGUUACAGCUGCAUAUGUGCCGGUGGAUGGCAAGGAAUUCACUGCAAUAGCCGGACUCAAGACUGCAUGACAUCCGGUAGUGAGCUUUGUGGGCAUGGAACCUGUGUCCAGAUUAAGGAGGAGCCUGGAUAUAGGUGCAUCUGCGAGCAAGGCUGGAAAACAAAUGGAGUUACACCGGCCUGCAUGGUUGACAUUGAUGAGUGCUCAGAGUCUAGGCCACAUUGUUCAAAAGAUCCGGAGGUAAGUUGUAUAAAUCUUCCUGGAUCCUUUAUUUGUGGUGGCUGUCCACCAGGAUACACCGGAAACGGCUUCUAUUGUGUAGAUAUCGAUGAAUGCCAAACAAACAACGGUGGGUGUAGUACAUCUCCUUCGGUUACCUGUAUUAAUUUGAAGGGUUCUUUCAAAUGUGGAAACUGUCCGCCCGAGUACAUUGGUGAUGGUAAAACAUGCCUAGCGAGAACUACUAGGUGCACUCCCGGAUUGUGUCAUCCUUUAGCCCGCUGUGUUGAUUAUGCAAGUGGUGUCAUUUCUUGCGUAUGCCCUCCAGAUUAUCAUGGUUCUGGAUACGGACCGUCUGGUUGUGUCAGUUCCUCAGUGAACCCAUGCGCCUUCAAACCCUGCAAGAAUGGAGGUACUUGUCAUGUUAUUGGAAAUAAUUAUACCUGUAGCUGCCCUCAAGGAACCGCUCCACCAAAUUGUGCUAGAUUGACGUCACCGUGUGUGCCCAAUCCUUGCCUGAAUGGUGGUUCAUGCACACCAUUUUUAGAUCGUUACCUGUGCUAUUGUACGGCGGGCUAUACCGGGUUGCGAUGUCAAGGAACCUCUCGGGCUUGCGGAGGAAUCUUAGAUUCGGUUUCCGGGACCCUGAAAUACCCACUUGAUAAUGGAACCUACAAUCACAAUGCUAGAUGUGCUUGGUUAAUUAAAACAAAUCACACCAAAAUUUUAAAUGUUACGUUUACACAGUUUCAUCUGGAAGGAUCCAUUGCUACUGGUGAAUGUAAAUUCGAUUGGUUGCAGAUUCACGAUGGCAAAACAUCUGCUGCCCACAAUAUUGGACGGUUUUGUGGCGACGCAUUACCAAAUGGUGGAAAUCUGCUGUCCACACACAAUUUCCUCUACCUUUGGUUCCGAUCAGAUAACAGCACAUCGCAUGACGGAUUCGAACUACAUUGGGACAGUAUAGAUCCUGUUUGUGGUGGAGAGAUAGCGGUUAAGAGCCACGGAGUAAUAGCUUCACCGGGAUCACCCGGAAAAUAUCCUCCUAAUCGUGACUGUAAAUGGUACCUCACAGCAACUCCGGGAAAACGGUUGCAGUUCCAUUUCUUCACUAUGAAAUUGGAAGUUCAUGAUAGCUGUGAAUAUGAUUUCGUUCAAAUCAGCGAUGGUCUUCAGGACGAGUCACCCGUACUAGCAAAGUUUUGUAAUACAUCACAUCCAGAACCACUGGUAACUCCCAGUAACGAAGCAACUAUUUACUUCCAUUCGGAUGAAGAUAAUAACGAUGCUGGUUUUCAAAUCAGUUAUACGGCAAUCGAAGGAGUACCAGGGUGUGGUGGAAUUUUCACGAAAACUGAAGGAGAAAUCAAUUCGCCUAGACGUUACGAAGAUAAUCUCUACCCGCAUAAUCUGAACUGUGAAUAUCUAGUUCAAAUUCCUCAGGGAAGUACAAUCGAGGUGAAAUUCAACAGGUUCCAUCUAGAAUCGAGUGACUCGUGUAAAUUCGACUACCUGUCCAUUUUCGAUGGACGAUCACCUGACGACCCAUCAUUGGGAAAAUUUUGUGGAGAGCGAAUCCCUGCUCCAUUUACAACGACUUCGAACAAUUUGUUAAUAAAGUUCCAUACAGAUUGGUCCACCUCGCAUGGAGGUUUUUCAUUAACCUACAAAGUUCGAUGUGGCGGAGUGUAUACAGAUCCGAAUGUAGAAAUCACCAGUCCUGGAUAUCCAAAAGCUUAUACCACAAAUCAAAAUUGCGAUUACACAAUUCAGGCACCGGUCGGCAAAGCAAUUUUACUUGACUUUUCUGAUUUCGACAUUGAAGGUAACACUUAUCCCAACUGUGACCUAGACUACGUAGAGAUUUUCGAUAGCUACGAAGCCAGCAAUAUGUCGUUUGUUGGACGGUACUGCAGUGCCAAAAUACCGCCACGAUCUAUUUCGACACUCAAUGUAAUGCUAAUGCGAUUCGUUUCGGAUCUUUCGAUUGGUGGGCGUGGUUUCAAAGCAAACUUCUCCUACGUGGAUGUCGCUUGUGGAGGAGUGAUCACAUCCGAGGAUACCACAAUUCGAUCACCGUCCAUUGCGGACCAAGGAAGUUACCUACCAGAUUCGGACUGCCGUUGGGUUAUUGUGGCACCCAAAACACAUGCUAUUCAGUUAUCGUGGAAUAGCUUUGAGCUGGAGAAAAGUGGCAAUUGUAUGUACGACUUCGUGGAGAUAUAUGACAAUUCAUCGCAGACAAAUGCGUUUGUGGGAAGGUAUUGCGGAAUGACUAAACCGCCGGCGAUAACUAGUGCUGGUAACAUUGUUACCAUUCGAUUCAAAACGGACAGUUCCAACUCAAAAGAUGGUUUCAGCCUAUCGUUUAUGUUCAUCGAUGUUCAAAAAUUAUGUGGCGGAAACUAUUACACGACCACUGGAGUAAUAAAGUCGCCUGGAUUUCCACAAGAGUAUACAGCAAACAAGAUAUGUGAGUGGAUUAUAACCGUACCCAUGGGACAACAGAUUCGGUUGAAUGUUAGAAGCUUCGUCAUGGAAAAGCACAGCAAUUGUAGAUUCGAUGGAUUGGAAAUUCGUAACGGUGGGGCGAGUAGUUCUCCGUUGAUUGGGAAGUAUUGCGGAACGGAUGAUUUUGACGGGAUUAUUUCGUUUAGCAAUAAGCUGUAUUUGAAGUUCUACUCCGAUUCAUCCCGGAACUAUGCAGGGUUUGAGAUUGAAUGGGAUGGAACAGCAACUGGUUGUGGCGGUGUUCUGACGUCAUCGAAGGGUUCAAUAGUUUCUCCGCACUAUCCCGAACCGUAUGGCAACAAUGCGCAGUGCAACUGGCGCAUCAGCGUUAGCGCGGGAUCUGCAAUUCAUAUUGUGUUCACAGAUUUGGAACUCGAAAGUCAUGUCAACUGUAGAUAUGACUAUUUGGAAGUUUUUGAAGGUCGAGAUGUAGCAGGCAAAAACUUAGGUAGAUUUUGUACCGCAGACACUGAUCCUGUUCAGUUGGAUACUUCGACUAAUCAUGCUUUUAUACGGAUGAGAAGUGAUGACACAAAUCAGGGUCGAGGAUUCCAUCUCAAGUAUAACAUUCUGUGCAAACGAAACAUUACUGGCUUUGGAGGUGUUAUUGAAUCACCAAAUUUCCCCAACAAAUAUCCUAGCUCGGCAGAUUGUCUCUGGACUAUUAGCGUUCCGUCGGGGAAUAAAAUAGACGUGGAGUUUUCACAUUUUGAACUUGAGAACGGUAUGAUAUUCGAGAAAAACAAUUCCCACGUCUGUCACUUUGACUAUGUAGAAAUUAGCGAACCGAAUGACGAUCGAUCGAUUAACCAGAAAUACUGCAACAACAUGCCGACGAAAUUAACUUCGAAAGGGUCGACGAUAAACGUAGGUUUCCGAACGGAUAACAGUGGCGAAAAUGUUGGUUUCAGAUUGGAGUGGCGACUGAAUGGUUGUGGUGGAGUUCUCAUCAAACCUACCGGUAUGUUUUCCUCUCCGAACUACCCGAACGAAUACCCAGAAGAUACGCAGUGCUUUUGGACCAUAUCUAUGCCUCUGGGUUACGUGAUCGAGCUGACAGUGUUCAAUUUCAACAUGGAGUCGUCGAGUAGUUGCCGUUACGACGGGUUGUCGGUGUCUAACACCAAAGAUUUCAGUCAAACUAUUACCGAGUUGUGUCAUAGUCAAAAGGAACCAGUCAAGUUAACUAGUGCAGGACACAUGCUGUAUGUGAAAUUUUUCAGUGAUUCGACUUACACGUAUAAAGGUUUUACUGCAUCGUAUCGAAUGAUUCCAGCAAAAUGCGGUGGAUUGUUAACUGCACAUCAAGGUUAUCUAUAUUCACCAAACUAUCCGAAAAACUAUCCGAGCAAUCAAUCCUGUGAAUGGACGAUACGAAUAAAUCCGGGCUACACACUUCAGUUUCAAAUCGAAGAUAUCGGCCUUGAGAAGGCUCCAAAUUGUAGCAAAGAUUUCCUUCAAGUUUAUGACGGUUCUGUUCGCGUCGCUGAGAAACUUUUGAUGAACAUUUGUGAUAGCGAUACUAAUAUUACUUCCGUUCGUUCCAGUGGGAACCACCUACUUGUAGUCUUUCAAUCUAAUGAAUUAUUCGAAGCUAAAGGUUUUCGAGCCAAUUACACAACAAACUGUGGCUCCAGAAUCGACGUUGUGCAGCCCGGCAUAAUAUCUUUGGAAAAUACAUUCAAAAUCAAAUCGGAAAAUUGCACUUGGAUACUAGCGGCAGAAGGAUUAACCCAACAUGUGACCCUACAGGUGAUGCACAUGAAUGUGGUCGAGAUUGAUGGCAACUGUCUUGCGAAUCUGACUAUUCAUGAUGGUGACAGCAUAUCGUCUCCCGUAAGAUAUGUCGGUUGCGGUAGCAAGGUCCCACCGGCAAUUGUUAGCAACGGGAAUUCACUGACUGUACAUAUCACUUCCGACGAUUAUAAUCUUUACAAUAUGUUGGGUAUUCAAUUCGUUGCUAGUUACACCGUGUUAGAUAAUGCAUGUGGAGGAGAUCUCACAUCGUUUGCAGGGGAGUUUGCUUCACCAAACUAUCCGAAUUCUUACCCGAAGAAUGUGGAAUGCAUAUGGCAGCUAACCGCAUCUUCCGGCAAUUCAUUGCGCCUCUAUAUUCAAUCAUUGAGUAUAGCUGAGUCAGAGAGUUGUAAUACGGAUUACCUAGAGGUUCGAGAAUCUUCCGGAAGUGGAAAGUUGAUCGGAGACUACUGUGGGGAAAAUCCUAUGUUAAAUUUGACUUCAGCCAAGAGUUUCUGGAUCAAGUUUAAAACAAGCAACCAAAGUGUGGCUAAAGGUUUCCUUGCGGAAUAUUCGUACGACCACUUUAAUGAAAUAACCGGUAGAAGCGGAGAAAUUACUUCCCCUAUGUACCCCCGUGAUUACGCAAGAAAUGAAGUUCAUACAUGGAGAAUCAUUGUCGAUGUAGGAUCGAUAAUUUCAAUGAAGUUCAAAGAUUUCGAGAUAGAUGCUAAAUAUUUGGAAACCUGUGAAGGACAGUUGGAGAUCUACGAUGGUUACGAUGACUCGGCUGAACCACUCAAGGAAGAACUCUGUGGCCUUACACCGCCGGAACCGUUCAGAUCCUCAUCUAAUGUUGUGUAUAUUCGUUUAGACCAUACGGAUGCCAGUGGACCGACGAAGUUCCUUCUCAACUGGGAACAAAUAGGAAAAGUAGAACAAUCAUCUGAUACGGAUAGCGCCAACGAACAGUUCUGCGGAGGUCAUCAAGUGAUUGCUCUAUCUGAAAACGUCACCAGUUAUAAUCUCACUUCGCCGGGAUAUCCCGAGGGUUAUCGAGCUAACUUGAACUGUAGUUGGAUUUUUCAAUCGAGUGUAUCUACCCACCAUCCCGUCCUGCAAUUCAAUUACGUCGAUCUAGAAGAGUCGGAUUCGUGCUUAUCUGACUAUUUAUUGAUUUCCACAUCGGCAGAUAUGAUUACGUGGUCCGAUGCAGAAAAAAUUUGCACAUUUGGCUUCAAAGUUAAGACGACAUUUGAAGGAAAGCCAUUUAUUAAAGUGGUUUUUCGUACAGAUUACUUCACCAAUCGAACUGGAUUCACUGGAGUUGUUUCGUUACGAUGCGGAGGGGUAAUCACUGAACCGAAUGGAAUUAUAUCAGUGUCAUCGGUGUCCAGCGCUAAGCAAUCGAUAAAUCGAGUCCUCGACUACAUGUGCUUGUGGAAUAUCACUGUCCGACCAGGAAGAAUAAUCGAGUUUCGCUUCAUUUCGAUAUCAAUCGUGAAAACACCAAGUGAAGGAUGUGCCGGGUACGUUUCGAUCAAGAAUGGAAUCGACGAAUACUCGCCACUUUUGGGUUCGUUUUGUGGUACUGAAAUACCGGCCGUGGUUAAUACUUCUAGCAAUAGAGGAUUUGUUAAAUAUUACAGCGGACAUUUGAUUACAAACGAAUUUAAGCUAGCGUACCGAGAGGUUGGAUUGCAAUGUGGUGGCCGAAUUGUGCUGCAGAAAAUUAAUUCCACUGUUAUUACGACACCGAAUUUUCCGGAGGUACCUCAUCCACAUAGCGAAUGUAUUUGGACAGUUUUGGCGCCGGCUGGUGAAACAAUGAAAUUUGAGUUUGAGCGUUUCAGUUUGAAGUAUUCGGGAGGUUGCUCCAAUGAAUACGUCGAACUUCGAGACGGUGGUACUUCCAGUUCCAGCUUGUUAACUAAGACAUGUGGAUCCGACACUGUUCCUUCGCUUUUAACAACUUCUAAUAUGCUGAGGAUUCGUUAUUUCACCGAUAACUCCGACCCAGGAAAUGGAUUCAAGCUGAAGGUAUCUCUGGCUCAGUGUGGAGGAUCAAUUCACAGUGGAAGAGGCACUAUACAAUCUAAAAAUUAUCCGAUUCUCGGAGGUUAUCCGACCAAUGCGGUAUGCGAGUAUUAUGUAUACAGUAAGGUAAACACGAUUCUGAACAUAACCUUCCUUGAUCUUAACUUACCAAGUAAUACCAAUUGUUCGAAUGUGGACAAUAUUAGAAUCUAUUCGGUGGUGCAAGCAGAGAACUCUACGGACAUAGAACACGGAACAUUCUGUGGAUCACAACUUCCCCCGUCGAUCCAAAGUGUUCAUAACCACGUGAGGAUUGUGUUUACUACGUUCAAUCCAAACCUUGUCUACCGUGGGUUUAAGCUUUCAUUCAGUUCUGCCGAAAAUCAGUGCGGUAGUGAAAUCAAUGCAGCAUCGGGUGAAAUCACAAGUCCGGGAUAUCCGGAUAACAGUUUACGAUUCAAACGAUUCUGCGAGUGGAGAAUAACGGUCCCGGAAGGUCGUCGCAUCAAGGUUGAGUUUGUCGAUUUAGACCUUUCUACGGUUAGUGCCAUCUACCUACAACGUAUUGGUUUUUAUCAUGGUUUCGAUUACUCUUCUCGUAUUAAGUUUGUUAUGGGAGAACACAACAAGGAUCCUGUGUACUCCAGUAGUAAUACAAUGAUGGUGAAUUUCUGGUCGCGUAUACCUUCUGCGAAUAGAGGUUUCAAAAUUCGAUUCAGCAGCGAUGAACCUUCAAUUUGUGUUGGUAAUCUCGACGGCGACCACGGAAUGAUAGCGACACCUCUUAACCAGACUAGUUACACAUGUGAAUACAAACGAUCGACGGGAGUGUUCUCUGAAGCCGCAGGACGGAAAGUGGGAACGAUGGCUUUGCGUUUCACUGAUAUGAAAGCUGGACAUUAUCGUAGCGCAUGCUCGUUGAACACUAGAGGCAUAUUUGUCAAACGUAGAUCAAGUGUUGGUGACAAUUUGGCAUACUUGAAAAAGUAUUGCGGCAAUGCAACUGAUUCCGAUUUGCUUCGAUCUCCUUUCCCGGAUAUUUCAAUCUUGGCUAGGCAAGGCAUAUUCCUAGGAGAAGUUUACUUCAAAUUGCAAUACCAAGUCAACGAUUGCGGUGGUAUGUUUGGAAGCGAAUUGCUCGGUAUUUCACGACCUAACUUACCUAGCAUGAAUGGACCUCUGGAUUGUGCGUGGUAUGUGAAUUAUCCAGAAAAUACAUUGAUCAGUAUUGAAUUUGCGAGCUUCAGGCUCGAACAGUCAUGUGAUAACGAAUAUCUUCUAAUAUAUAAUGGUCCAACCAUAAAUAGUCCUCUUUUGGGACGAUAUUGUAAAGGAACUGGAGUUGAGUUGCUUGUAACACAAGGCCGAUACACGUUUAUUGAGUAUCACUCAGAAAAUUACAAUUCCAGUGGAAACUUUGAACUUAAAUUAGCACAGAUGGUAUCCGGAUGCGGAGGAACGUUGCACAAAAACUCCAAUGUUUUUGGAUCCCCAAAUCUCAAUGGAAAAUAUCAACCAAAUACUGAGUGUAUUUGGACUAUCCGGGCAGAUAACGGUUUCCACAUCGGAACUCAGUUUAUAGGAAGAUACAAUUUGGAAAAGAGUGAGAAUUGUUCUAAGGAUUAUGUAGAAUUUUUCGAUCGAAUUGGGAACGAUUGGGUUUCCUUGGGUCGUGUAUGUGGAAAAGAAACACCAAAAUCAUUCAAUUCCACUGGUUCACUGAUGAAGGUGAUUUUCCGUUCGGACGCCAGUACUGAAGGAGAUGGUUUUUCGAUUAAAUGGGAACAGAACUGUGGAGGUAUUUACAACGUUGACCGAGGGAAAGGUGUCAUGACAAGCCCGAAUUAUCCCAUGAACUACAAUCGCCUGAUGACUUGCAACUACACGUUCUUUACAAACGAAAAGGAUGAGUUUAUUAAACUGAACUUUUUGGAUUUCUCACUAGAAGAUGGACCCCAAACAUCUAUCUGCAUGUACGACAACGUCACUAUUUACAAACAAAUGGAAUUCUAUUCACCGUUCCAGUGGGAGAAAACGAAAACAUAUUGUAAGCUAGAUUCACCAGGUCGUUUAAGGUUUAAGAAUCGUGUGGCGGUUAUAUUUAGAUCUGACCGUUGGCUGGAAGCACGCGGAUUUAAAUUUGAAUAUCAGUUGGAUAAAUGCGGAGGGCUGAUUACCGAAUCAACACGCAUCGAAACGCCUGAAGUUACAGCGCAAAGUAGUGGGUUUGGGAAUUCAAUAACAUGCACGUGGAACAUAACAAUACCGGAAGGAAAGAAAGUAGUGAUCCGUUUUGAAGAUUUUGACAUUGAACACUCCGAUGGGUGCUACUUUGAGAAUGUGGAAGUGUAUAAAGGCCUCGUUCGAACGUCGGAUCAAAAAUUGGCCUCACUUUGUGGGAAUUUGACCGCUCAUGCACCUGCUGUCACUAUCACAGGCAGUCAUGGUGUAAUAUACUACAAAUCUGAGCAGUUUUCAAGUUCCCAUCGGGGAUUUUCAGCACUAGUUCUAUUCGCGGAGGAUUGCGAUCAUCAAAUCACUCUGGAUCGCAGCUCUAGAACCUAUAACCUAAACGCACUGGGCAGCAAUAACAACAAACUUCAAGACUGUCAGUACAUUUUCAAAGCCCCCUUAGGAUUCGGCAUACAACUCUCGUUUGAGCAAUUCCACAUGGGAACCAAACGGAACAUAACAGUCUGUAACGACAACUUCGUAGAAAUACGUGAUGGCUCAGGACCGUUUUCGGAGCUGAUCGGAAGAUACUGCAAUCAUACGAUUCCUCCGAUUGCGAACACGUUCAGUUCGUCGAUGUUCGUGAGAAUGGUUACCGAUUCGUCAUUACAGGGAACGGCUUUCGAAGCAACCGUUUCCCUGGUCGAAUCCGAGUGUGGUGCAGGCUACUACAAUCUAUCUAUCGGUCAUGUCGAGAUACUGAAGAGUCCAAACUAUAACGUUGGAAAUUAUCCAGCAAACACCAGAUGCUUGUGGUUACUGGAAGUACCGGUCGGUAAUACAAUCAACAUUGAGUUCCUAGAACUGCAGCUGCAAGACUACAGUGACGAGCAGGAAAAGUGUCCGGACCGAGUGGAAAUAUUUGACGCGAAUGUAAAAUCGUUUAUAUACGAAGGUCUGGGAGAAGACGUGGUGUUCCGAAGUAAACCAUCUCAUGGCAUGAAAUCAUCUUUCUAUCACGGCACUCGCAAUCCCAAUGCUCACCAUAUCUAUUGUGGAAGUUCCUAUCUUCCGGCUACCUACCAUUCUUCCUCCAAUAAGCUAUACGUUAAGUUCGAGAGUGAUGCUGCGAUCGAGAAAAAGGGCUUCCGCUUGAGUGUACAGCAGAAUCAAUUAUGUACUCAAAACUAUACCAGAUUACAGGGACGCAUUAAUAUCAAUUAUUUGGCCAGAGCGAAACCGUGCACUAUUACGAUUGUGGUUCCGAAUAACUACACAAUUUCCCUGUAUAUGGGAAUGUUCUACACCUACGCCACAAACUGCGAGGAAGAGGGUAUUCGCGUUUACGACGGCGCAGGAACGGAUAACCAACUCGCAAUGAUGUGUAAUUAUGGGACGCCAAAUCCCAUCUUCUCAACUUCGAAUGUAUUACGGAUAGAUAUACCACCGUCUAAGACUGACUUUGUUACAACGGUAUUCGAUGCAACGUAUGUUGCAACGGAUCAAGGUCGCGGAUGUGGAGGUGAAAUAUUUAACUAUGGAGGAUUCUUCAGCAGCCCGCUGUAUCCCAACAACAACCGAAUAAGAAUGGAAUGUAUCUGGACGAUUACCGUACCGGUGAACAUGAACAUUGCUCUGAAGUUCGAUAUUUUUGACAUGGGUAGUAAGAUGACGUGCAGCACGGACAAUUUGCAGCUGAUAGAGGUAAAAGGCGAGGAACGAACAUCAGUUCGGCAACAUUGUGGUGGCGAUAUACCGGCAAUUUUCAUAAGUGACAGCAAUGUGAUACAAGUGGUUUACAAACAAACUCAAAAUUUCGGUGGAACAGGAUGGCAAGCAAAGUUCAUGGCAAUAUUGAAGGGUGCACAAGUAAAUGAUUUUUAAUACAACCAGUACUUUUGUAUAUCUUAA